AUGGCAGCAGAUGAAUUUUCCCUCAUUGAAUUAAUUGAAUAUAUUCAAUUAUAUAUUUUAAAUGAAAAAAUUGAUUGGUUAAAUCGAAAUUUCAAUGCAGCAACGCAGAUAUCCUUUAAACUUGAAGUAUGUAAUCAACUAAAGGAAUAUUGUUCCAAGAUAAUUCGUUUUGAUCCAAUUAAAAUUUUUCAAGCUGAUGAUUGUAAUUUAAUAGAAAAGAAUAUUUUACUUGAAAUACUUCAAAGUGAUAUGCUCAAUAUUAAUGAAAUAGAUCUUUGGGAGAAUAUAUUGAAAUGGGGAACAGAUCAAAUCAAUAUUGAUUUAGAUUAUUCUAAAUGGGAAACUUCAGAAAUAAUAACAUUAAAGGAAUUAUUAAGUGAUUUUAUUCCAUAUAUUAGAUUCUUUGAUAUUACUGGAUCAGAUUAUUGGGAUAGAAUUCGACCAUAUGAAAAUUUAUUAUUAGAUGAAUUGGUGGAAGAUUUAAAAAGAUUUUAUAUUACAAAUCGGCCACCUUUAGUUAGUAAAAUAUUACCAUCAAGAAUGUAUGAAAUUAUUCAUUCUUUUAUUGUUUUGCCUCAACAUUUGGCUCAAUUUUCUAGUUGGAUAAAUAAUACAUCAGAAAUUUAUCCAUUAAAUAAAAUUCCUUACAAAUUUGAAUUAAUUUAUCAAGGAAAUCGAGAUGGUUUAAAUAAUAUUACAGGAUUUAAAAAGAAAUGUCAAUCUCAAUCAAAGACAAUUAUUGUAAUUAAGGUAGCAAAUAAAAAUAAAUUAAUUGGUGGAUAUAAUCCUUUCAGAUGGGAUUUUGAUAACACAUGGACAAAAUCAAAUAAAAGUUUUAUAUUUUCAAUAGAUAAUAAUAAGGAAUUAACCAAUAGUAUAUUUAGUUUAAUUAAAAAUCAUGAAUAUGCAAUUUCAGAUGCAAAAGGAAAAGAUAUAGGAUUUGGACAUGAUCUUGAAUUUUUUGAUGGAGGAAGAUAUGAACAUAUAGAUUAUGAUAAGAAAAUAUUGAAUGAUAAAACUUUUGAAGUUGAAGAUUUUGAAGUUUUCAAAUUAGAUUCAAUAUAA